AGGCCUAUGCCACAACGUAAAGAUGUUCAUGGUUGAUAAUCUUGUUAUUUAAGUUUUAAAUUUGGAAGAUUAAUGUUUGUGAGAAGAUGAGGAGUUUGGGAUCGAUUCUGAGACAUCCAGAUGAGUUUUACCCGUUGCUGAAGCUGAAAAUGGCUGCGAGGCACGCCGAGAAACAGAUCUCUUCGGAGCCACACUGGGGCUUCUGCUAUACCAUGCUUCGCAAGGUUUCUCGCAGUUUCUCCUUCGUCGUUCAGCAGCUUGGCCCCGAGCUUCGCAACACCGUUUGCGUAUUUUAUCUGGUCCUUCGAGCCCUUGAUACCGUUGAGGAUGAUACUAGCGUUGCUACAGAUGUCAAGGUGCCAAUACUAAUAGCUUUUCAUCGUCACAUAUAUGAUAGUGAUUGGCACUUUUCAUGUGGCACUAAGGAGUACAAAGUUCUAUUGGAUCAGUUUCAUCUUGUUCAAACUGCUUUUCUGGAACUCGGAAAGAACCAUCAGGAAGUAAUUGAGGAUAUUACUAAAAGAAUGGGUGCUGGAAUGGCCAAAUUUAUUUGCAAAGAGGUAGAAACAGUUGAUGACUACAAUGAAUAUUGUCACUAUGUAGCAGGACUUGUUGGGCUUGGUUUAUCAAAGCUUUUCCAUGCAGAUGGUUUAGAAGAUCUGGCUUCGGAUUACCUUUCCAAUUCAACGGGCCUGUUUCUUCAGAAAUCAAGCGUUAUUCGAGAUUAUCUGGAAGACAUCAAUGAGAUCCCCAAGUCACGCAUGUUUUGGCCACGGCAGAUCUGGAGUAAAUAUGUUAAUAGACUUGAGGAUUUGAAAUAUGAGCAGAACUCCGUUAAGGCAGUGCAAUGCCUGAAUGACAUGGUCACUAAUGCUCUGGUGCAUGCUGAAGAUGGCCUAAAAUACAUGUCUGCUUUACGAAACCUGGCUAUAUUUCGCUUUUGUGCUAUUCCCCAGAUAAUGUCAAUUGGAACACUUGCAUUAUGCUACAACAACAUUGAGGUCUUCAGAGGUGUAGUUAAAAUGAGGCGAGGUCUAACAGCUAAAGUGGUUGACCGAACAAAGACCAUGGCUGAUGUCUACGGUGCUUUCUUUGAUUUUGCUUCUAUAUUGGAGUCCAAGGUUGACAAAAAUGAUCCCAAUGCAACAAAAACUUUGAGCAGGCUGGAAGAUAUACAGAAAACUUGCAGAGAAUCUGGUCUCCUAAGUAAAAGGCAUGCACAUAUCUGA